AUGGGCCAGAAGCUUCCGCGAAAGGGAUCGAACGAGCUGACCGAGUCGCUUCUCCUGACCGCGUGGCUGGCGACUGUAGCUCCCGCUACAUCCGACCGGCCCUCGAUCUUAUCAGAUUCUUGGUUAUUGUCACCCCACGCUACAGUUAACUACUUCGCGUUCGGAUCGAAUCUCAACCUGGAUCUGCUACAGAAGAGGUCAACGGGAGUCAACGCGACUGUAGCAGAGGUUCUGGGUUCGGCUGUAGCAGAGGAUCCGGUUGUGGCAGAGCCGGCGGUGGUGUACCACCAUCGCCUGGCGUUCAACAUCCGCGUGCUGCCGCCAUUUGAACCAGCUGUAGCGGCGAUUGAGCCUGUCGAAGGGAUGAGACUGGCUGUAGCAGGAAAUAGGCAGGAUAGAGUCGCGGGGACCAGACCAGCUGUAGCGGGACGUGAAUCGGCUGUAGCGCAAAGCAGGGCGGCUGUAGCUGAGGCCGGUUCUGCUGUAGCGCGAAACGGGGCGGCUGUAGCGGGGAUGGAGGGUAGCGAUGGAAGUCCGAGUGUGCAUGGAUUGGUGGUGCAGAUGCGACGAAUCGACUACGAACGGCUUAUGUGGUCAGAAGGCAUCUCUCGCAACGAGCAGCGACCCUAUAUAGAGCACCUCGUUACAGCACACACCUACUCCGGCAGUACUGUACAGGCCCUUACUCUCCGCGCCAAUCCCAAGAGCCCUUCGUUCCUCCCCCCUCGCAAGGAGCUGCCACCCUCUGCUCGCUACCGCUGGUUGUUGCUCAAAGGCGCGAGGAAAGCAGGGUUGCGGCGAGAGUAUGUGGAGGAAAUGAGGAGAAUCAUGGAUGGGAAGAGUCUGGAUGGGUGGUGGCACUGGUGGUGA